UACACGCAGCCAAUCUCUGUCGGAUGACGCCGGAACAAGGCUGGGCUCACGAGGGUUUGAUCAAAAUAUUGAACACGCCCACCCCUGGAAAUAACACUUCGAGGGAAAGUGAAGUCUUUGGGAAAGCAAGGCGAUCGCGGGACGACUGAUACCGGGAAUCCGUGCACCUGUCAAUCAGUCUCUUGUGAUUUUUCGUGUACCUCGGCCGAAUGAAGGUGGUUGACUGGGACGACAUCCAGGAAUAUUGUGUUUCUUUGUUAUUAAACUACGAAGUCGCAUACUUUUUGGGGGGAUAUGAUUAACAAAACAAAUCUUUGAAAGACUGUGGUUAGCACACUGGGUUAAAAUGUGUGCGCUUUUUGUAUCGAGAUUCUUAUCUUGCCCAUGAUUCGUCACAUCGUGUCUCAAGUUAUGGCAGUUUUUUUUAAACAGAUUAUCAAGGAUAACCACAUUUUUUAGAUAUUAUUCGCCGCAUGCUCCAUGGCUAUUGGGUUUAUAUUCAAUAGCGCAUUGAAUGAAGAGCGUACCAUCUCGCCUGCGAAGGGACCACUGAUCGCAAUGUGUCGUGUUAUUGUCUACCUCGUCGCAAGAGAUGAGGAUUCCGUGCGAAUAUAACUGUUUCGUGGUGUUUUGUGCGGACGGAGUGGCCGACAUACCAUGGAUUACGUGUGGAAGGAUAACAGACAAUAAUAAAUCGAGCAACGUCGUUGCCUAUUGCCUAGCGUAACAGUAUGAAGAAAUCGAUUGCGUUGAUGUAAAGCGUGUGUCUCUGUGUUAUUGUGUGUGAACAGGCUCUGUUGAAGAGGGAACAAUACCUAUGCAUUGUUGUGUGUAAAAAGCACAAAACAAUGAUCAAAAUGAUAUUGUUUCGUAAAUUCCGGGUGUUUAUACUGAUGGUCUUUCUGGUGGCGUGCACCAUGCACAUCAUGAUAGACCUGCUGCCCAAGCUGGAGAAGCGUGCGGUUGGAGCUGGGAGCGCUGACGGCGGCUGCCAAUGCCCACACAGCGGCAACCCAAGCGAGGACACGCAGAACUGGGCAAAGCAGCGCGCCCGGUCGAUGGCGGAGGCGGGCUGGCCUAACAAGCACACGCUGAGGAUCCUGCAAGACUUCAGCAGCGAGCCCAACUCCAACCUCUCCUCACGCUCCCUCGAGAAGGCGACGGCGGCCGCGGAGAGAGCGGAACAUGCUCAUCAGCGGAAGAAACCUUUGAACAUACGAGGCGACACCGCGGGAGACCGCAAGUCUCUCAUUGGCAGCGGGAGCCGGACGAUGGUCCCUGUGACCGUUGUGUCGUCUCGUCUCCUUGCGCUGUUCGAGCACCCUUUGUAUCGGAUUGACCUUCCACCACUCACGGAGGAUGACACCCUGUUCAACGUCAACAAGGACAUACGGUUCUACCCCCGAGCCGCCGGGAACCAAGGGUGGCACAACGACGGCAACGAGGAGGGUGUGGCGGAGGAGGAUGAGUACCGGCCGACGGGGGAGGGGGCUGCCGAGUCCUACCCCAACUGGCUGCGCUUUCACAUCGGGAUCAACCGCUACCAGCUGUUCCCCAGGCACAGCCUUGCGCUGGACGCCCUGCUCAGAGACCUGGCCAGUCUCAAGAUCACCAGCGUGGCCAUGAAGUCGGGAGGCACUCAGCUGAAGUUGAUAAUGACCUUUCAGAACUAUGGACAAGCCCUGUUCAAGCCCAUGAAGCAGACUCGGGAACAGGAAACUCCUCCAGACUUCUUCUACUUCUCCGACUUUGAGAGACACAACGCAGAGAUUGCUGCCUUCCAUCUGGACAGGAUCCUGGACUUCCGUAGAGUGCCCCCAGUGGCUGGGAGGCUGGUCAAUAUGACGCGGGAGAUCAGAGACGUGACGAGGGACAAGAAGCUCUGGAGAACCUUCUUCAUCUCGCCAGCCAACAACAUCUGUUUCUAUGGCGAGUGCUCCUACUACUGCUCCACAGAGCACGCUCUGUGCGGGAAGCCUGACCAGAUAGAGGGCUCUCUGGCCGCCUUCCUGCCCGACCUGGCCCUGGCCAAGAGGAAGACCUGGAGGAACCCCUGGCGGAGGUCCUACCACAAGCGCAAGAAAGCAGAGUGGGAGGUGGACCCAGACUACUGUGACGUGGUGAAGCAGACACCUCCUUACGACCGGGGAACACGACUCCUGGAUGUGAUGGACAUGACCGUCUUUGACUUCCUCAUGGGUAACAUGGAUCGUCACCACUAUGAAACGUUUGAGAAGUUUGGCAACGACACCUUUAUAAUUCACCUGGACAAUGGGAGAGGGUUUGGAAAGCACUCCCACGAUGAAGUGUCCAUACUUGUACCUCUCAGCCAGUGCUGCAGGUUGAGGAAGUCCACCUACCUGCGUCUCCAGCUGCUAGCCAAGGAGGAGUACAAGCUGAGCUCCCUGAUGGAAGAGUCCCUGCUCCGCGACCGCCUGGUUCCCGUCCUCAUCCGGCCCCACCUGAGGGCCAUGGACCGCAGGCUGCGUCUGGUGCUGCAGGUCCUAGCCAGCUGCGUGGAGAAGGAGGGCUACGGCAACGUGGUGGAGGAUGACCUGACAGGGGACACGACAACCCUCCGGAGCCCAGGCCACAGGUAGUGAGGUCUCGGGAUAGGAAGAGGAGUUAGCCCAGCCCCCUCCUACCUCGGAUAUAUGGACUUUCAAAAUUGGAAGGUGAACCACGGAUGGGUUUUGGGUUUUGGCUGCCAUUGAUGAAGCCAAAAUAUUGCCCCCUACCCCCCACCCCAUCCCCCCAUGACUUUAAAACUGAAUUCAGUGAAUUCUGAGGCUGAACUAGCAAGGCCUCUAGUGACCAUGGGUUGAUGUGGAGCAUAUAUAUGGAUUAUAUGUAUCGUCCAGGGAGCACAAUGGAAGACUGGGAGAUGGAAAUGGAGGAUGCUUUUGGUUGAAGUUGGUUGUUUUAUUAGACUGUGCAGCAUACACAUAGGUACAGCUAAAUUGUGUUAUGGCUUUAUCCUUUAUCAUGUUUGUUAUGACCACUGCAAUUAUCAUUAUUAUUAAUAUGAUUGAUUAAGCUUUUCAAUUGCUGUGUAUGUAUUCUGUAUUUUACUGCUGGACCAAAGGAAUUAAUAAGGGAAGCCUACGGUAAUGCCGUAUCAAUGUACUGCAAAACAAGGGAAAGAUGCAACAGAUAUGAUUGAGUUAUGGAAAUAAUUAAGCUUUAUCACUUUGACCAGUAUUCAUAGAUAGGGCUGGAGGUACUGAGAUGUCAUUAUGAUGUUUUGUUUCAAAUCGUAAUUGCAAAAUUACUUGUGUAGUCUUAAUGACAAACAUACACAAAUCCUCAAACUGUUUCACAAAAGGAGAAAGCAUAUUUCCAGAUGAAUCCAACAUGUUAAAGACCAUUGUGGGAAUUUUAAUUUUUUCCAUUACGGUACAUUAAAAUCUAUGCUGGUGUCUGAUUAAUUCACAACAUAUUGUAGAAAGCAGAUGUUGUAUUUAACGUCACAUAGGAAAUACAUAUUCAGUAUGUGUUUUAUUAGAAAAUUGUCCAUAACUCGUUUACAAUUGUGCCCACCUGGAAACAUUGCCGGCAAUGUUACUAGCUCUGGUUCUCGAAAAUAACCAGAUAGUUAACUGAUUUUAGCUCCAGCUUGUAUUCAGUACCCAAUAUAUGAGGUUAAUUUACUGUUAUUCAACUUUAUUUCCUUCUUAAUCCAUAACAGUCAAACCAGGAACAUCCUGGUGCCUUACUAUACAUUUUAUGACACUAUACACUUCAGCUUAUUCCCAAAAGGUCUGUACUAUAGCAAAUGCAGUUUGGCAUAGGUACCAAAUAGAAAAAAACGUUGUGGAAGAAAAAAUGUAUAGAAGAAUAGAAAUAGUUAGUAUAUAAAAACAACAUUCAAGAAAAAAUUAUAUAUAUUUUUUAAUCUUUUUUUGCCUUACCAAACUCAAUGAAGUACAAUUUAAAAGAAAGUUAUGUAAAGAUGACCUGACAAAUGAUAUACCGGUACAAUUGGAAAAUGUACUAGCCUACUUUUAUUGUCAUGCAUACAAAUAAUCAUUCAUAGAUUAUAAUAGACAAAAUAUAUAUUUUUGUUAGUUAGUUUAUUUUUAGCCACAGUUACUCUAGAAGCUCGGUAACUGUUUGUGCAACCUCAAACAACUCUUCACUAUUUCAAAUACGUUUUCGUUGCUUCAUCCUGAGGAGAUACAAAGGUACAAACGUAUGAAAGCAUAAAGACAUUUCAAGUUUUAGCAGUGCUAAUCCUGCAAUCCUAAUCCUACAUGACAAAACACCUGUGUAUUGGCUCUAUUUGUGCCUGUGCAAUGUCAAAAGAUACUUGAAUGUUUUCUUUGUUUUGGUUUAUUGGUUGGGUCGGGGGGGGGUAAAAAAUUGACAGGAUUUCCCAGAGCCGAGGGUCUAGGCUCCGCACCUGAGAAGUGUUCGGUGGGGGGGUUGUAGAGUUGAGUGUCCCUCCUUCUCCCCCUACUAUCUUCAUAACAGGGAUAGUCUCACUCAGGCCGUGUCCUCUAGAUUUUCAUACUCUACGUGUAAAUAUCUUGAAAUACUCGAAGACAGGGGGUCGAGUUGCCAGGGAGUCGGGUGGCCGGGGAGCAGUUGUUCAGCGUCCGUGUUUAGCGGCCGUGUUUAGCUUCGCUUUUUUUUUUCUCGCCAAUUUGAAUUGUUACUGUGAAAACUUGUUUACUCCAUGAUUAAGGUGUGCAAUAAAUCCAAAAGUGAGUCAAGUGUCUUAUGACUGUGCCCUUCCCAAAAAAAAAAAUUCUCCGUAAGAAUUCAAAUAUACACGAAAACAAAAAAUAAAUCCAUUGCGCCAACGGUAUAACUAUAUUAUCAGCCACUUCUGGUUGGGCAGUCCAUACGAGGAAGGUAACCAGUCAGCAGCACAUUACACAUAGCCUAAUAAUUAAACACCGAAAAUUAUGCCAAUAUAUCUGUGUAUUAUCUGUAUGCUUGUUGGCAAACUUGUGUUGUUACUGGCACUCUUUUGGGAUAAGCAACUAUUCUGAACCAAUCUUUGGAAAGAAAUUAAAAGAUUACAGCCCUCACAUUUGUAAAAUCUAGGCUACUGUAACUUUAUAAGUCAAUGGAAGCAGAUAAAGAAAAUCCUAACCCAGUGACUCCCGUUCUGGACUCACAAGGUUGAAUUUGGAAUUGAGUCGUCUGAAUCUAGAUAAGACAGGCUAAAGCCAAAUAAUAUAUAUCAUCCCUUUAAGUUAAGAUCAGAAGGAGGGACAAGCCGCAAGAGAAUGCCUGGUUGCUUGGGAUUGUGAUAAUUGACCAUUAUGGUUUUAUCAGGGACCUCCAGUCCUCCCCAGGUUCAAUAGUAUUAAGGUGAAGGUGAACACACAACAAAGACACUUAACACUCAGGUGUCUCUGUUGAAGGUAAAAAACUAAUUCUCGGCAGUGGCAAGUGGAAAUGAAAAACAUAUAAAAAGAGAAAAACAGCCAUUUCAAAUGUCUCUUCACUUCAUCCAAACUCCGUUCUUAGUCAUAGUGUUUUCCAAUUACAAUGCAAUAAUAAAAUUCAAUAAGGAGAAGGGAUGUCUUCAGCUCAACUAUGGAUAUGAGGGUUCAAACCCAGAACCCUUUGACUGAGAGUCGAGCACCCUAAACUAUCCAAUAGUAUAAUAGUUAUUUAUUAUCCCAAAGAGUCUGCAGAAAUCAUGUAGGAUUUUAACAGGGUUAUAUUGUCAACUCAAAAUCACUCAAUAUCACGACAGGAGUAAAAGUGAAAACGUAAAUAUCAACCCCUCGGAGAAAAGUGUAAUUUCUAUAUUUUUGGGCUUGACUGUCCUCUGAGACCAUUAAAAGUUUGUAACAUUUAAAUUUGUCAUGGAAUUUGUAUAUUUGUAAGUUGUUGGGGGAUCGUUUUACUUAUAAUAAUUUCUAU